UUUAACUAAAACCUAUAUAUAAAAGAUUGUUUAACCUAUGCCUCUCUUUCAAAACGAUUGAUAGACGGAGAGAGAUAUAUAUUUAGGGCUUAGAAACAAGCAUAAUGAUGAUGAUCACACGUAGCAAAAAGAAUAAAACCACCGUGACCAUUAAUCCACAGGCCUCAAGCUAUGAUGUACUCCCUCUGGACUUGGUGAUGGAGAUUAUUGGGAGAUUGCCUGUGAAAUCCAUAGCUAGGUUUCUUCUAGUAUCCAAGUUAUGGGCUACAACCAUCCGCAGUCGAGAUUUUAAUAAAUCUUUCCCGCUUGGAUCUUUUAAUUCGUCUCAACCUCGUUUCCUAAUCGCGUUAAGUGUUGUAGUUAGAGGAGAAUAUAUGGGUAAAGAAGAUUGGUACUUCUUCUCGUCGUCUUCUUUCCUCUCGCGCUCAUCAUGUCCACUACCAAAUUCUUAUCAGAGGAUAGAGUUCCGUUCGAAUUACGUGAAUGGAUUAAUAUGCAUCGGAUGUGGUCAAGAACAAUUCAUAGUUAACCCCACCACCGGGUCAUCGUCUGAGCAUCAAGUAUUCACACUGGGAGAUAAGAACAAAUCAUGGAGAAUGUUAAAAUGUAGCAUCAUCCCUCACCGUCCUUGUUCUAACGGGUUGUGCAUGGAUGGUGUUAUAUAUUAUGCUGCUAAAACGGGCACGGGACACAGCUUAAUGAGAUUUGAUUUGAGAUCUGAAAAGUUUCAUCUUAUUACCGGAGUACCAGCAGAGAUUGCACUAACCCCGGGUCCGUAUAGUAGUUACGUUAUGAUUUUUAAUUACCAAGGGAAAGUAGCAAUACCCAAUAAUACAUCAACAUCCACGUUUCAUGUGUGGGUUAUGGAUCAAAAUGCUGAAGAUAAAGAACAGAAAUGGUUGAAGAAAGUUAAUUUCAGUGUUGAACCUGGGAAGAAUUUAUUUAAUUGUCCUCAUGUAUACAUCAAAGGCAUCACUCAGACGACGGGUGAGUUUAUUAUGGUACCAUACAGCUACUACUCUGGUGAUGUUUAUGUUGUCCUUUACAACCACUACACUGAUACCUUCAGAAAAAUUAAGGUCCUAGGCGACGCAGCGUAUGACGUCAAGCGUCAUCGGGGGACAGGAAUUUUCAUUUCGGAUUACAUAGAGAGUGUUCGGUUUUUGUAGAAUAUGUCACAGCUUUUAUGAUAUCUGAUACCAUACUUUGUUUUUUUUUUAACCUUUGAUUAGUAUUAAUUACUUCAUAAA